CGCCGCUGUCUGCCGUUGCAGGAGAGAUCAGAUGGGAAGAACAUUUUGGAAAAAUGGUUCUCAAACUUCACAGCCUGGACAAACCGGCGGGACACGGAGCCGGCAGCUCGGUCACGGACUGUACUGUUGAAGGCUGCAGUGUCAACUAAACACGGUGAGUUUAAUGUCCGCAGCAGCAGGUAACGGUUUGUGAAGCCAGCCGGCGGAGCUAAUAUUAGCUAGCAGGCUAACGUCACAUCCCGACGGUGUGAUGAGUCUGAAGAAGAAGAAGAAGCUGUGACGGUUUGUUUUUGUUUCUCAGUCUGACAGAAGAGGAAACCUCUCUGUCAAACACGCUCAUACCAACGCUGGCCUGACUGUCAUUGUGUAGCUUUGGUUUCUUUACUUGUCAUCUUAAAGUAUCAGAGCUCCAGCUGUUGAUUUUCUGACUGAUAACACAGCAACAAAGUGCGGUGGGCCAGGGGCGCGUCAAGAAAAGGAGGUGAGCGGUGGCGAAGCCCCCCUUUAAAUUUAUUAAAAUUUUAAUUACUUGUUUGAAACAGUUAAUUGUGAAUGUAGACAUGAUUUACAGGAGAAAGAGUGUGGCUGUCACUUUUUUUCAACAUAUAAAAUUUGAUUUUAGUUUUAGUUUUUAAUUGAAAGUUAAAGUAAAGUUUUAUAUUCCACUUGCAAUGAGCUGUUCAAAUUCAAUAUAGGAACUGAUGUCAUAUGCAAACAGUUAUGCUGUUUUCCAGUUGUACUUGGAAGUCGGGAUUUCCAAGUCGGAAAUUCAUCUGGAACGCCCCCCUGAAGUUGGAUUUCCGACUCGGAAACAAAAUCGGAGGCAGAAACAAGAUGUUACGAAAGUUAUGUUAGUGCUUGCCUUGUCUGAAUUUAGGGCAAGCACUAAAAUAACUUUCGUAGAUGUUGCCAUCUUGUUUCUGCGUCCGAUUUUGUCUGCUUGUUUCCGACUUGGUAACUGAAACGCUGGUAAUUUUGGUGUGACGUCAUUUUCCAACUUCCGACUUCCAAGGCAUAUAUUCCAAUUGCAAUAAGCUGUUCAAAUUCAAUAUAAACAGUGUAACUGAUAUGCAAACAGUCAGUGUUAGUGUGAUAACACAUGAAUUUAAUACGCUUUAAAAUAAUUGAAAAGUUGUCUCCUUUUGUGUCGUAAUUUUAAAUCUGAUUUACACUUAUAGUGCUGUCAUUAACAUUGCAUAAGUUUUGUAAAGAGAGCAUCAUUUCACAGUGUUUAUAGAUCGUUCUGGCUAAUUAAGUAUCAUUGAAUAGCAUGUGAUCUUGGUGGUACGCUAGUGUACAGUGUCAGGGAAGAAGAGGAAACUAGUGGAGGAAAAUCAUUGACUUUACAAUCCCGACUUUAUCUUUGUCUUUUCUGUUAGUCCUCCAGGCGAACACAGUUAUUUUAGGGCAGUUCAACUUAAUUUUGUAGAAAUGUAAUGUUGCUUUACUGUCUGAUCCAGCAGUGGGUGGUUUUAUCGUUACCUGACCAUUGAAUCUGACCCUUACCUCAAGAAAUUAAUAUGGUGUUGGUUUUACUUAGGAAAAAGCAGAGAAGGCAUUUCCAUGAGGGGUUUAAUGUCACUUAAAUUUCUGAAGUGACAACCCAAACAGAAAGGACAUUAUAUACUCUGAUUGGAAAAUUAUCAGUGCUCCAGUUGGGCUAUCAGUCAGAACAAUGUAUGGAUAAACCCCUGCUGUGGACAUGCAUAUGGUGGAGAUAGUUUCUUCUCAUUGGUGGUGCUGUGAAAUAUUUGAGUCCUCUGUAAAGCGAGGAUUUAAAACCACUCUUUUAAUAUUGAAAUAAGAAUUCAUGCUCAAACAGACGGACAGAUUUAAACCCACGUGAAACGGGACAUGCAGUUAGUGAUAAGUAUAGGAGAAGGAGCAGUCUGCACAAAGACACACUGUGACUGAGGCUGAGAUCGAACAAAGACCCUUCAAACAGACACUUAAGGAUCAGCGCACAAGGCCGUCCAGUUCUUGACUGUCUCAAGUGCGGCUAAUUUGCAGUGUAUUCUGGGUAAAUUUAGUGUGUUUUGAUGGGGGACGACAGGGAAAAAUCCAGUCAGCUGCUUGUUAGAUUGGCUACUUUCCCCUUCUGCAUGUACCAUGUACGCUGCUCUCCUACACAAACCGCUUUGUGCUCAAGGAUGAAGAUGUGAUUACAAAAUGACAAUAAUUAUCUUUAAAAACUUCAAAAAUCAUAUUCAGGAUUUUUUAGAGGUGGAAUUCAUGGUCAACUGUAAGUUUCUAAGGCGUUGAAAUGCGUCAGUUUAACCGCUGAUUUCAUGAAAGUUUGUUUACCCUCAGAUGCAGUCUCUGCCCAUGGAAGUGGGAAGCAGCAGCAGCAGCAGCAGCAGCUCAGCCCCUGGCGACACAUCCGGCUCGGUGGUUCAGGUUAGCUUCCCCGGAGCUCAGGCCUCUGUGCUGGAGAGUCUGAACCGGCAGAGAGAAGAAGGCCGGCUCUGUGAUCUCUCCAUCCACGUCCAGGGACAAGUGUUCAAAGCCCACCGCUGCGUACUGGCCGCCUCCUCACCCUAUUUUCACGACCAGGUGGGAGUGUGGCGCUGUCAUGACACAUCAGUUUUAUAAUCUGCAUUACCAUAUGAAAGCUGUGUAGAGUCAUCGCCGUCAAUUUCAUAUCAAGAAUAUAGAGACGAGAUGUUCCUCAGAGGCAGAUUUCCUUCAGUACAAGCAGAUGUGUUGGAUUUCACACAUCUUCACAUCAGUUUGAGUAUUUAUUGUUCAGGUGUGGGUGUGAGCGACACUUUCUAAAUUUAGAAUUUAAUUGUGGUGAAUAAUCAGCAGCUUGUUUGUGUUUCUUUAAAGCUUCUUUAAUGACAAUUGUUGUUGCUAAAAGAUGAUCUUCAACAUGUAUUGCAGCAAGACACAAGUUGUGUAUUUUUAACCCUCCUCCGGUUUUAGGGUCUGCACCGACCCCUUUUUGUUUUUAAAAGCUUAAAAGAACAACUUAAAUUAGCUUUUCUGCCUCAAGACUUUUUGACUUUGUCAGGAACCUCUAUUUCAAUAAAAUGAAAAUAAAAAAUUAAAUUGACUAAAUUAUAAAACUGUCUUAUUAAAAUUAUGGCAGAUGUUAUAUUAGGGUCGCUGUUGAUCUGGUUAGAUUAAUAUCUAAUAAUUAGAGCGAAAACUGAAAUCAUAAGUGCACUGUCAGGCACCACACAAACAGUCAGAAACACAAACACAAUUCACCUACUCUCUUCCAGCAGCGCGGGGUGACGCAGCUCAAGGAAGAACAUUUAUGAUCAUUUCUUUAUCAUUUCCUUAAAGUAAUAAUCACCAUUUAAAUCAUUUUGCAUUUCAGAUGCAGUAGUUCUUCUGCCUUACCAUCUCAGUCUCAUUGCAUUUCCAUAAAGACAUGAUCAUAAAUGUUCUUCCUUGAGCUGUGAAACCCCGCUGCAGUCCAUAAUGGACUGGCCUGAGGUCUCACUACAAACAAGCGGCUGCUGGAAGAGAGUAGGUGAGUUGUGUUUAGUCUCUUUGCUAAAGAAAUUAGUCAAAGUUAAAAAUAUGUUUGGUUUCUAGUACUGUGGCUGGGACCCUAUAUGUCCUGUUGAUGAAGUUAGGUGCUGUUCUGAGCAUUAUUUGUGGCUAUAGAGUGGCGUUUUGGUUGAGGUUUGUUUAUGACUCCUCAGACCGCUGUGUAUUGCUAUCGUGCGGUCGUUACUAAAGUUGGUAUAACUAGAGAAGCAAGCGGUCGGCAACAUUGAUCUCUUGACGGGGUGUCUAACUCGGUGUUACAGUGUGUUUGACCCUAAAUUGAUUUUACGCCGGAAUAUCCCUUUAAGUGAGUUGUGAGUUUGAGUUUUAAGGGGUCUUAGUUUUGGUUCGCAGAGAGACAAGAUAGCAACUUUUAGACUCCAUAGGCUGAUCCUCUCUGCAAAGAUCAAGGAUCAAGUUAUUAUUUUGAUGUAUUAUUAUUAUUAUUAUUAUUAUUAUUAUCAUUCAUUGUCACUCGUUUCCAGGUACUACUGAAGAACAUGUCGACCGUCUCCAUCCCCGCUGUAAUGGACCCGUUGGCGUUUGAGAGCGUGCUGAGCUGCGCCUACACCGGUCAGCUCCGGAUGCUGCGUGAGGACAUCGUCAACUACCUCACUGUGGGCAGCGUGCUGCAGAUGUGGCACAUCGUGGACAAAUGCACAGAGCUGCUGAGGGAGGGCCGCGCAGGAGCGGGGAGCGGCGGAGGAGGCGGCAUGCAGGAUGAAGGAGGCGUCAGAGGAGGCGGAGGGUCAGCCAACCUCGGGUGUAGCAGCAGCAGCAACGGUGACGGAGAUACAGGUGGUGUCAAUGGAGCUGGUAGCAACAGUAUGGAUGUUGCAGGUCAAGUGAAGGUGGUCGAAGCUCAGCGCGCCUCCCAACCUCCCAGCCGACCGUCGGUGAGUGAGAGCCAGUCUCCCAGCAGCACCAACUACUUCAGCCCCCGGGACGGGAGCAGCUUCGGGGGGAGCGGCGCAGCUGCAGCGGGAGCGUCGGUGGAUGGAGGCGGAGCCAGCAACACCCCAAGCUACUGCACCCCGUCUGGAGGAGAGGAAGGAUUCCUAAUUGAAGAAGAGGAUGAGGAAGCAGAGGAGGAAGAGGAGGAGGUGCUUUAUCACCAAAGGAAGAGAGUAAGAAGAGGAGGAAGUGGGAGGAGGAAGAAAACGAGCUCAGUGUCGGAGCAGGAAGUCGGGGUCAGCGAUAGCUUCGGUGUUUCCUCCUAUCAGGUGAGGAGUGAAGCUUCAUCAGAGUCAUGUGACUAAAGCACCUUCAGACUUUUACUCUCAAGUUUCGUAGCUCCAGUUGGACUCUGAAGUUUAGUUUAGUUUUUGUAAUUUUGUAUAUUUCUGUUUUAAGGAUGGGGAGGAACCGGCAUUGACACCUCAGAAACGUCCCACCUACAGCCAGCCCAGCAUCAUGCCUCGCAAACAGUGGGUGGUGGUGAAAACGGAGCGAAUGGAGGACGACGACCUCAUCGUCGUUUCUGGAGAGGAAGGAGGAGAAGAUGAGGAGGACGAAGACGAGAGAGAGCUGGAGCUGGCCAGAGAGAGGGAGAGAAGCGACUUCAACAUCUCCAAUGUCAGGAGCCUUUCAGCCGAGCUGGGGGGCCGAGCCGAGAGCGACAUGGACUCACAGGUGAGCUGAGAGUCUGAAACCGGGAUUUUUCAGUAUGCAUGAGGGAAGUUAUAAUUUAAGGUGAAAAAUUAACUUUAAUUCGGACAAAGAGGAAGGGUUUUUGUGUUUCAGAGAGUGAGGUGAGACUGGAACAGGUUUUCAUGGAGUUAAAGCGACGUUCAAACAUGUUUACAAAGUUUAAAAUGAGGUAUAAAGACUCUAUUUCAAAAAGGUACAGGGAUGAGGAAGGUGUUGGGUGGCACUAAGUGUCAUGAGGUUGUUGUUUCUUUUGUUUUGUUUUUUUGUUUCUUUCUUGUUUUGUUUUGUUGCUUUUAUGUAUGUGCUGUAUUAAGUGAAUGUACUUUAUUGAUCUUUAAUUAUCAGGGACAUCUAAACAAGUUGCACUGAAGCUUGGUGUGGGUAAUUACUAUUUAAAGGGAAGGGGUGGGAGUUCAUAAGUUAUUCUUCUUCUCACUCCCUUUCGAUUAUGUAUUCCUAUGAUUUAUGUUUAAAUGUUUGGCCUUACUUUUCUUCUUUUAUUUUUUAUAUUUUUGGUUUGCAUAUUCAAAAUAAACUUCAAUCAAUCAUUUAAUCAAUCAGAUUUGUGCAGAAUUUUCAACAUGAUUCACAGUUUACUGCACAUUCUCCAUAGAGGACUCUCUUAAAGUUAUGAAAAAGUAUUUUAAAGUCACUUUUUUAAAAAUUUCACAACUUUGAAAGUGCUUCAAACUCCAGAUCAUGUGUUGUAAGAGAAGGUUUGUUUCUUUCAGUUCUUCUUCUAAAACCAUCUUCUCGUCUGUCUGCAGGUGGACUAUUGCCAGUCCUCAGAAGACUACCUCAAGUUUGAAGGCAGUUUAAUGGAGCAGACUUUAGCUCAGCACCUCCAUGACAGUGCCGCGGGUCAGAACCAGGGCACCAACCGUGCUGUUUCAGCGCUGCUGGGCCAGGUUCAGAGUGCAGCCUCGGCCCGGGCUCAGCUCUUCCCUCUGGACAUGCAGGGGAACCAGAUCCUCCUCUACAGCCAAUCCUCAGGUCUCUCUCUGGACACAGCCGCUCCUUCUCUGGGGCUGGCAGGGGGGAUGAUGGGAGGAGCCUCUUUCAAAGGACCCGGUCUGGAGCACGGCGCGGUGCACCUGUCAGUGCAGGGAGGGUUAGGAGUUGACGGCUUGGACGGCGGAGGGAUCGGAGGAGGAAGUGGGAGUGGGGGAAGCGCCAGCAGCACGGGGGGUUCAGGGAAAGUGUUCAUGUGCCACUGUGGGAAGACCUUCACCCACAAGAGCAUGAGGGACCGCCACAUUAACAUGCACCUGGACCUGCGGCCCUUCCACUGCCCCGUCUGUGCCAAGAAGUUCAAGAUGAAGCACCACCUCACCGAGCACAUGAAGACGCACACGGGCCUCAAACCGUACGACUGCCUCGGCUGCGGCAAGAAGUUCAUGUGGCGCGACAGCUUCAUGAGACACCGCUCACACUGCGAGAGGCGCAGCGGGCUGGGGGAGGGCAGCGAAGGGGGGAGUAGCGGCGAGGGAGGGAGGAGAGGAGGAGGCGGAGGUGAGGACGGUCCAGAUUUGCUGUCCUCACCUCACCUCCUCCUGUCUGCAGGAGAGGGAGGACAGGGAGGUAUCCUCGGAGGAGGAGGAAGAGGAGGAGUGUCUGUCUCCUCCCCACAUCUCUCGGGCUCUGUUCUGUCGCCGCAGCACGGCGGCGUCUCCGCUGCAGGAAGUAGCGGCAGCAACAGCGUGAGCAACAGCAGCGCUGCUCUGGGUAACAACAUGGCCGCCGCGGGGGCGCUUCUCGGGGUUGUUUCGAGUCCAGGUCAGGGGUCGGGGAUGUUUGGAGGUCUGGGGUUGGGUCGAAGUGUGUGUGAUGAAAACGUGUGUGAGGUGGGUGCCAACGAAAGUAGCGUGACUUAAACCAAAAGUGUGUUUUUUUUCCAACAGAUGCCUGA